GUGUUUCUGACGGUAACACUUCUACAUUCUCACCAACUCUGCCCCUUCACUUCUCAGAAAAACAUCACUUCACAGACACAGUGAGGGACCAACAAGUAUCAGAGCAAGAAGAUAUAAUCUUACCUUCACAAAUGGACAGAGGGAUUAUCAUAAGUCACUGAGCUACAUUCAGCUGUCUGUUCUACGUGUUCAUUUUAGAUUUACAGGGUUUGAUGGCCUGCAGUGACCUUUGACCUCUUUAAUAUUCUUUGGUUCCCCAGCUAUUUAGAAACAACAGAAAUUGUCAGAGAAAGGAAUUCCUGAACAGUUAGCGUGAGGUAGUGAGAUAACAACAACAGGAAGUCAGCACAGCAUCGCCACAAGGAGCACGACUUUAAAGUCUGUGACUGUCGUUAGUGCGAGAAACAGGAAGGAGAAAGACCGAGAAACAUGAUGGCUGAAUUCAGAUGGAUCCACAUGUUUUUAUCAGUGAUACUAAUGCUUCAAUUAACAGGAGCACAUAGUGGAGAUCUUUUGCUCUCCUUCACUGUCAGAGAUGGAGAUAAAGUCACUUUGCCAUGUAAAAAUGUGAUCAACAAUCAUCACAACUGUGACACUACCACCUGGCUCUUCAUUGAUUCAAGAGGAAAAGCAGCAGUAGAGCUGGUUAAUCUUGGACAGAUCAAAGAAAAAGCCAAAUCAGACAGACUGAGUGUUACAGCAGAAUGCUCACUGGUUAUAAAGAAGGUCACAGCUGAGGAUGUUGGUCGUUACACCUGCAGACAGUUUAGAGGCAAUCCAGGAAAACAGCAAGGUCUAGAUGCUGUGGUUCAUCUGUCUGUUGUCAUCGUGACAGAACAGAAGAAAGCUGAUCAGCUGACUUUAAACUGCUCUGUGCAGGUAUAUGGAUGGUGUAAAUACAAAGUGAAGUGGAUCCAUAACAGUGUUGCUCUGGACAGAGAUCACUCAAAAUUUAAAACAUCACAGUCUUCCUGCUCUGCUACUGUGACUUUUCUGAAACUUCAGUAUAGUCAGAUAUCAAGUUCUGACUUUAAGUGUAACAUAACAACAGAAGAAAACAAAAAGCAGCUUUUUACCUUCAGUACUCGGUCAUCAGUAACAUCAGCAACAACAGCAAAAACAACAACAAGAAAAACAACAACAACAACAGCAGCACCACCACAGUCUGAUAACCCAGGUGCAGCUCUGGUGUGGCCGUACAUCCUCGUGGCUGUUAUUUCAGCAGCACUUUUAAUCUUUGCUGUGAAACUGAUUGUACUGAAGAGAGGGAACAAAACACAAGCCAAUGAAAAUGUGGAUCAUGAAGAUGGUGUUUCCUACAUCUCCAUCAGCUACACCAACAAGGCUUACAGUGAAAACAAAGUUUGGGGUAAAUGUGACAGCGAUGAGAUAGUUACCUACUCCACUGUGAAAGCUUCCUCCACAGAUCCCAGCAGCCUCUAUGCUACCAUAAAGUAAACAAAAAGGAAACUUAAUCAUCAGGUCAUUGCUUCUGUGAAAAAGCUUCGUCUCUAUAAGAAUUAUCGGUUUGCUCAGUUUAAAAGGAGGAAGCAGCUGUGUGAGUGUUUAAAAAGCAGAAUUUGUGACACAUUUUGUUUUGUAACAUUUGCAAGGCUUUCAUUUUUAUUUUAUCUUUUGUUCAAAGUUUUGAAAUGAUGUACAUAGAUGUUUUUAUUUUGCUAUUUGCCUGUAAAUUUUCUAUAACUUUCUAUUUCUAUAACUCUAUAAGUUUAGUUUCAUUUUUUCAUAAACAAUCAUUCAAAGAUUUGUGUCUUAUUACAGUAAGCAUCAAAAGCAGGAUUAAAUGGAAUCAGGCAUUAGAGUCGGAGGAUAUGUCAUUACCUGAAUGACAUAAAUAAUUUUACAUGAAUGACUGUGAAAGUUUUAUUAUGCGGGUCGCACUUCUCUACUGAAAACGAACCUUCCCUCUGGUGAGCAGGUUUUUUCACAAAGACCACUUGAACUUAUCUAAAUGAAGAAAUUCAGUUCAAGACACCUGAGAUUGAUCAUAAAUCAGGACACAUACAUAUGAGAGUUAAAGUGAAACUAGACAAUAUCCACUGCAAGUUUAGAAUAUCUAAAGGACACACAUUUCAUCCUGUCUCACACAGAAGACUCAAGGUAAAGACUGUAACAUGUUUCAUUAAGGAAGGUGAUAUUUUGUUAUUUGGAUGUCCUUUUCCCGUAAAACGUGUCACUGGAUGCUGAAAUGUGUAAACAAAAAAAAAAGUAUCUAUUUAAAUACUCCUGAGAAUCAAUACAAAUGAUCUGUACAUAUAAAGAACAAAGUGAGUGCAAACAGUCUUCAGUACCUUUAAAAUGUUUAAAGAACACUCUGUGUGUAAAACAUCUGCAUUUCUAAUCUUCAGUUAUAAUGAAACAAGGAACCAAAAGGUGUAAGAGCACAUUUUUUCACAAAAAUGUCAAAACGAAAUCAGACAGACAGUGUUGCAGCAAACUGCUCUCUGAGGAUGUUGAUCAAUAUGUCUGCAGCCAGUUAAACAGAUUAGGA